AUGAUCUUCACAUCCCAACAACCAAGUCUCUCCAUUCCAGAGGAUGUGACAAUUUGGGAAUGGCUGUUUGAUUCAUCAACGUCGCCUCUCAGCCAAAACAAGCCCUCGGAUAUUGGGGGGUUCACAAAUGCCGCUACGAAGGAGCGAAUCGGGUACGAUCUGGCUAAGGAGUAUGCGACGAAGAUAUCCACUGCCCUGGUUCAUAAAUUUGGACUUGUCAAGGGCGAUGUCGUGGCACUCUUCAGUCCGAAUACUGUUUGGUAUCCCAUCGCCAUGUUUGCGACCAAUCGUGUGGGUGGCAUUAUCUCAGGUGCUUCGCCUGCCUACAAUAUUGAGGAGAUGACUUUUGCAUUACGCACAGCACAAGCAAAAGUCCUCAUGACUGCGGCUUCCUCGCUUCCCGUUGCUAUCCCAGCUGCGAAGAAUGCGGGAAUCUCCCAAGAUCGAAUCGUCUUGCUCGAAGGAAGGAAGGAAGGCUUCACUAGCAUUCAAGACCUUGUAGCCCUUGGGGGAAACUUUGGGCCGAGUGGCCAGGUUCAGCCUUUCAAGAUCCCGUCUGGGCAGACGAACAAGGAUAUUUGCGGGUUUCUGAGCUUUAGUAGCGGAACGACGGGUCUUCCUAAAGCUGUCAUGAUUGCGCAUCAUAACGUGAUCGCGCAAAGCAUGCAGGUCGAGCAGAUAACUUUGAAAGAGAACAAAAAGGUCCUGGCAGUGCUUCCAUUAUUCCAUAUCACCGGUCUGGUCCACCAGAUGCAUCUUCCCGUUUUCCGCAACGCAGAGGUCUACAUGCUUCCAGCAUUCACUAUGAAGGCCAUGUUGGACACUGUAGUUCAAUAUCAAAUCACAGAAAUGUUGCUUGUGCCACCUAUUCUGAUCCGGCUUCUUCGGGAUCCGAUUGUGAAAGAUUACGACCUGUCCCACGUGCGCAAGUUCUCGUCUGGGGCGGCCCCGCUCUCCUCAGAGAUUAUCCAAGAGCUCCGGCGCCAGUUUCCAAACACAGGGUUUAAGCAAGGGUAUGGCAUGACCGAGUCAUGCAGCUGCAUAACAGCUCAUCCCUUGGAGAAGUCUACCUAUGAAUAUGCUCAUUGCGGUGGUACCAUUGUUGCAAACACUGAAGUCAAGAUUAUCAAUCCAGAUACGGGCAAGGAACUCGGAUACAAUGAGCCCGGUGAGAUUCUGGCAAGAGGUCCGCAAGUUGUCAUGGGAUACCUGAACAAUGAAAAAGCCACAGCCGAAACUUUUGAUGCUGAAGGGUGGCUCCAUACCGGCGAUGUCGGCUUCAUUGAUAAAGAAGGGUUUAUCACAAUCACCGAUCGCAUCAAGGAAAUGAUCAAGGUAAAAGGAAUCGCAGUUGCGCCGGCCGAGCUCGAGGACCUGUUACUUGGACACCCAAUCGUGGAGGAUGUGGCCGUCGGUCCCAUUCCUGAUGACUACUCUGGCCAACGUCCAAAGGCUUACGUCGUCCUGAAGCCUAGCGUUCGUCAGGGUAAAGAUCGGAACUCUAUCUUGAGCUUCCUCAAUGAGCUUAUCGAUUAUGUUCGUGAGAACAAAGUUCGCCAUAAGUGGAUUACCGAAGUUGAGAUGCUCGAAGAGAUUCCAAAGAGCGCGAGCGGAAAGAUCCUUCGUCGAAUGUUACGCAAAUUGGAACAAGAGGACAGCGGCAAAGAGCGAUACAUAGUAACCCGGGGUGAGACAAGAUCAAAGCUUUAA